UGUCGUCGUUUGUUCCAGCAGGUUUGACCUCUCCGGGGCUCCGUAGUCGCUCCCCCUCUCGACCCGUUUAGUGGCUAAAGAUGGCUGAAGCUCCUCCAUGGCCCAGCCGGUUCUUCUGUCACAGAUGCUCAGCAGAGAUAAGUCCCCGGCUGCCUGAGUACACGUGUCCAAGAUGUGAGUCUGGGUUUAUUGAGGAACUCCUGGAGGAGAGAAGUGCUGAUAAUGGCUCCAUGUCUACCAUAACCAGCGGGCCGCCCAACCAACAGCCGUUUGAGAAUGUGGACCAACACAUGUUUACAUUCCCUUCGGGCUACGGUCAGUUUGCUCUGGGUGUCUUUGACGACCGCUUUGAAUUCGGGUCCGGACUAGGGACAGAGGACAACCGGGAAGCUGAAAACAGACGAGAAAGGGAAACGGCAUCACGGCAGCGAUACGGUGCCAGGCAACCAAGGAGUCGUCACGGUUCAAGACGACAGGCAGGAAGGCAUGAGGGAGUUCCCACUUUAGAAGGGAUCAUUCAGCAACUAGUGAAUGGAAUAAUUGCACCUACUGCAAUGCCAAAUAUUGGUGUUGGACCCUGGGGCGUUCUUCACUCAAAUCCUAUGGAUUAUGCUUGGGGUGCUAAUGGACUAGAUGCAAUUAUAACUCAGUUAUUAAACCAGUUUGAGAACACGGGACCCCCGCCUGCUGAUAGGGACAAAAUAAAAUGUCUUCCUACAGUGCAAGUUACAGAAGACCAUGUUGCUUCAGGACUAGAAUGCCCCGUGUGCAAAGAAGACUACAGUGUUGGAGAAAAUGUGAGGCAGCUCCCAUGCAAUCAUAUGUUCCACAAUGACUGCAUAGUCCCCUGGCUGGAACAGCAUGACACUUGUCCAGUGUGCAGGAAAAGCUUGAGCGGACAGAACACAGCAACAAACCCUCCAGAACUAUCAGGGAUGAACUUUACCUCCUCCUCUUCCUCCUCCACCUCCUCCUCCUCUUCAUCCACCCCUCAGUCAUCAAGUUCGACCAGCAAUGAGAACUCCACUGAUAACUCAUAGAGAGCCAUUUGUCCUUAUCACCCUGCGAGCUGUUUAUAGCUCCUGGGCUGCUGUUCUUCGGAGCGGUGACCUCCAGUCUCUCCCUGUUGUCGGGUUGAGACCCGAGUGCAUCUCGCCAGGAGCACUCGAGCCUGAUUCAGGGGUAAGUGAUACGUGAGGACAAUGUAUUUCUGCCCGUCCUGUUGCUCCCACCUUCAUCAGGAAUCCGAACAAAGGAAGGGCGGAGGCCUGGAGUGCAGCUUCUAUCAGGGAGGGUGUGGGGAAACCUGAAGACUUUAAAGAGGCUCUGUCUGCCUGAAUCACCUCAUACAGGAAGAGAACACAAAAGAAUCCAAAGGUAGAGGACUUGGGACAACAAGGAAGUUGCUGUUCUUUUUUUUUUAAAGAUCUCCAGACUUGUAUGGUUUAGGAUGCUCCACUUUUUCCAAUGAAGCAAAAAGAAAUGAACAGUCGUUUGUUUUUAUAAGUAGCAUUCAUAUCAAACAGUGGAAAUGACCCAAAGUGCACUGCAGUGCACUUAAGUUACUUCAUGCUUUGGAAGAUAUUACAUUUUAUUCCUUUUGCUCUCAACGCAAAGUGAAAACCAAGUCAUCUUGAUCCACUUACAGCUGAAGAUUGCCUGAAAUCACAGAGGUACCAUUUGUUGCACUUGAAAUGAUGCGUCAAAUUACAGUCAUCUGGUGCUGUUAGCAUUUAUGAUGUGGAUAAGCAUAGCUCAUUUAAAUGCGUAAGGAUUUUUUUUUUUUAAACUUUACCUGUAAGCCCUUAUGUGGAUCAGCUGUUCACAUAAAACACUUCAAAACAUUUCAGAACAUUUGUGCAUUUUAACCUAAAGUUAAGUAUUUUUUCAAGCUGCCAGUUGAAAAAAAUAUUGAUUAGAAGUAUCAUCGUGACUAAAUACAUGAACUAAUAUGAAAAUAAAGAUGUUUGGGUGCUACCACUCAAAAUGAAUGUGA